AAUGGCUAAGUUUACAAAUAAACCUAAGGGUCGUACAAGUAAGAGAUUGGCAUUGAAUAAGAAAUAUAAAAUAGAGAAGAAGGUUAAAUAGCAUCACAAAAAGCUUAAAAAGGAAGCUAGAAAGAUGAGUGCCUUAGGAUAAAUAAAGAAAAGUAUUUUUAAUAUUAAUAUAAUUAUAGCUUCAUCCAAAGAAAUAGGAAUACCUAAUAUGUAUCCAUUUAAGAAAAAUGUUAUUGAAACCUUAAAAAGAAAGAAGGAUUAAGAAGAGUAAGAGAAAAAAAUAUUAAAAUUAUAAUAAAAAGAGGAAAUAGAUCUUAAUUUGGCAGAAGUCAAAUCAAAUUUAUAUGAGACAAAAGCUUAAGUUGUUGUUUAAGAAGAAUAAGUAUAAUCAGAAAAUUUGACUUAAUUAACUAAAGAACAUAAGAAAUAUAUAACUUAAGUAAAAAAAGUAGUAGAAGUAAUUAAAUUAUUUUAAAUUAAGGCUGCUGAUAUAAUAUUAAUAAUCUUAGAUGCUAGAGAUCCUAUGGCAUGUAGAUGUAAACAUAUGGAAAGAGAAAUCCUUGGUAUGCCAGGAGAAAAAAAGAUUAUUUUAGUUUUGAAUAAAAUAGAUUUAGUUCCUCCAGGUAAUGCAGAUGCAUGGUUGACUUAAUUAAGAAGAGAAUUUGCUACUGUUCUCUUUAAAGCCAAUACUUAAUAAUAAUAAUCCAAUUUAUCUUCAGCUUCUAUUUAUAAGAAAACAUUAUCUUAAAGACAAGAUUUAGCUGAUGAUUUGACUUCUUCUUCUAAAGCUAUAGGAGCUGAUAAGUUAUUGGAAUUAAUAAAAAAUUAUUCAAAAAAUGAUGGAGUUAAAAGUAGUGUUACUGUUGGUGUUAUUGGUUAUCCAAAUGUUGGAAAGAGUUCAGUUAUUAACAGUCUUAAGAGAAGUAAGGCUUGUGCUGUUUCUUCUACUCCAGGAUUCACAAAGGGAUUAUAAGAAGUUAUUAUUGACAGUUAAGUGAAGAUUAUUGAUUGUCCAGGAGUAGUUUUUGAUUCUGAAAAUAAAGAAAGCACUCUAUUAAGAAAUAUCAUUAAAGUAUAAUCUAUAUAUAUAUAUAUAGAUUGAAUAAAUAGAAGAUCCAAGAUAACCUAUUGAAGAAAUCUUAAAAAAGGUUUCUAAAAAUGAGUUACUCUUACUUUACAAAAUUCAAACAUUUAAUAAUGUGAAUGAGUUUUUAUGUUAAGUAGCUUUGGCUAGAGGAAAAUUAUAGAAAGGUGGAAUUCCAGAUUUAGAAUGUGCAGCUAGAAUUGUGUUAUAGGAUUGGAACUAAGGAAAGAUUAAAUAUUUCACUGUUCCUCCAAAUUAAAUUGAAUAAGAAUGACUU